UCAACCCUACGCAUCCACCAGCACGGACCAUAGCAUACGUGAAGAACUAUCACCGAAUUCAAAUACAUGAUCCUCGCUUAAUCACCCCAGCUCUCACCAGCAACCCAGCUGGAUAACGACGAGCUAUUGAAAUACUUCGGAAAUUUGCGAAAACAACCGACUGAGCUCUGGAGAUUGGAGCAAAUCGUUACAGUUUUUGUUAUUUUUGGGAUAAAUUUCCUCCUCGCGUGUGAGGAUGAGGUUGACCAACAGCAGACGGUGCUCAACAGUGGAUGGGGACGGAAAGGAGCUGGCUCCCCCCUUUAGAAACCCCUUUGUGCAUGACUUGCGGUUCACCCCCUUGCAGAAAGCCAAGAUUGCCGUCAUGUCCGUGACGCUCUUCCCCAUCCGCCUUUUCUUCGCUGCAUUUCUGAUGCUGCUGGCCUGGCCCUUCGCCUUCGUGGCCACCGUGGGGCGCUCUGAGCAGGUCGUGGAGCCACUCUGCUGGUGGAGAAGGUUGGUGGACCUGGCGCUCAAAGCGAUCAUGCGGGCCAUGUGGUUCGCUGGAGGGUUCCACUGGAUCACGGUGAAGGGGCGGCAGGCCCCGCCCAGCGAGGCGUCCAUCCUCACCCUGGCGCCGCACUCGUCCUACUUCGACGCCAUUCCCGUCACCAUGACGAUGGCGUCCAUCGUAAUGAAGGCGGAGAGCAAGGACAUUCCAGUGUGGGGCACCCUGAUCAAGUUCAUCCGGCCUGUAUUCGUCUCGCGGUCCGACCAGGACUCCCGCCGGAAGACCGUGGAGGAGAUCAAGAGGAGGGCUCAUUCGGGAGGGGAGUGGCCACAGAUAAUGAUAUUCCCUGAGGGGACGUGCACCAACAGAUCCUGUCUGAUCACAUUUAAGCCCGGGGCCUUCAUCCCCGCUGUCCCCGUGCAGCCUGUGGUGCUACGCUACCCCAACGAAAUGGAUACGAUCACAUGGACAUGGCAGGGCCCUGGAGCGUUCAAAAUAUUGUGGCUCACACUUUGCCAGCUACACAAUGUGGUGGAGAUUGAGUUCUUGCCCAUCUACACUCCCUCUGAAGAGGAGAAACAGAAUCCUGCUCUGUUUGCCAACAACGUCAGGCGCCUGAUGGCCAAGGCUCUGGAGGUUCCUGUCACAGAUUACUCGUUCGAGGACUGCCAGCUCGCCAUGGCCGAGGGCCAACUGCGUCUGCCCGUCGACACGUGCCUCCUGGAGUUCGCCCGGCUCGUCCGGAGACUGGGGUUGAAACCCAGGAAGAGCGAGGAGGUUCUCUGGGAGUACGGCAGCAGGGCUACGAAGGUGAGGGGGGAGAGGCUGACCUUGGAGGACUUUGCGCAGUUUUUGAACCUCGCCGUCUCGGACAUGCUGAGAGACAUGUUCUCCCUCUUCGAUGAGCACGAGGACGGGACAAUGGACAUCAGAGAGUAUGUGAUUGCCUUGUCUGUUGUAUGCAGGCCAUCAAAAACCCUGGAAACAAUAAAACUAGCCUUCACGAUGUUCGAGGCAGAGGAGGACGGUGCUAUCGUGGAGGAUGAGCUGGCCUGCAUAUUGAAGACUGCUCUCGGAGUGCCAGACUUGAACGUAACGGACCUCUUCAGCGCCAUUGACAUCCAGGACAAAGGGAAGAUCACCUUCGAGGAGUUCCGGAGCUUUGCGGAGGAGCGCCCAGACUUUGCGGAGCACUUCCUGUACCCCCACCAAUCAGGCUUCCAGAACGGCGGUGACAGCCCCUCCCCCACCGCCAUUUGCAACGGGUUCUGCACGGACUUCACCCCCGAAGGGCACAUGGGCGCCGGAGAUGAGUCGCGGAAGAAGGUGGACUGAGCGGCUGGGUGAGACCAAACGGCUUUCGCCGGCGAAGGUGUGCCGCGUCUGAACAGUCUGAUGAGUCAGGAUCACGACCCCCCCCUCCCCCCGCCACCACGUCCCCAGCUCCCCCACCUGACCCUGUUCCUAUUUAUUACUUUUUUAAUGUUCUGUAGUCCUCUCUUUUCCUUUUGGGAGUCUUAUCUGUCAAAGAAAGGAACUUGUGAAUGUGCUACAUGAAUUCUUGAAGGGGCACCAAACGCUUUUUACAUUUCCUUGUUCCUAUUUCUGUUCCUUGUUAUGGCCAAGGUGGAACAUACGGACUUCAUGUUUAAAACCGAACAAUCAAACUUCACUCCACGUGCAUCAGCUCACCGUGAUAAUCUCACCACCGUCGUCUCAGUAAGACGUCUUCAGGCGGAACCUUCCCUGAAGAUGGGAAAAGAGCAUUUGCCUAGGAUGGGUUUGAAACGUCAUUGAAACAGUAUUGGGGAAUACUGAACGCAUCUGAAUGGCCUUCAUGCACCGGACAGGAUUUGGAUUUGGAUUUGUCUGUACAUUUCAGUGCAUGUAGGUAAAUUGGCGUUUUUUGGGCUGAAUUUGAGAUAAGCUCAGGGGAUCAUUAAUGAGCCAUGGUAUUUCUUUGAUAAAUUCACAUCCUGUGGUUAUUAUGGUUGUAUUCAGUACAUUGGCCAGAGAUCACUCACCAAAACAUUUUUGUGACACUGCCGUUGUUUUUCGCUCACCACGAACGACCGAUUAAAUUCAGCCACAAUGUGCUUCUCCCUCAUCUCUGAAAUACCAUUUUAGCAAGUUUAUUUCUGCAACUGCUGUUAAACUGUAUGUUGCAUUACCAUCUAAAAGAUAACACUCGCUUAAUUAAUGCGUGACUAGGUUAAGGGACGACGCACGUUACGGUUAAUUGAAUUCAUACGCAAAUAUAUUAAGUGAUAAGCAAUGCCGAUUUCAUAUUAAAUUACUGAACUGUUGUGGACCAAAAAGAAAAUAAACGAACACUGACUAACUGAAUGAACAAACGGUGACAGGAGAUCAAUACGGGACAGUUAUGACAAUGACUUUAGAUUUUUGUUUUUUUAGGGAUCCCUAUCCCAAGUAUAUUUUUUUAUUAUUAUUUUCUUCAUCAAUGAGAUAAGCAUCUACUAAGGAGUUCAACGUGAGACAUGUAAGAGGGAAAUGGUCUUUUGCCUGCCUUUUUCUAUGUGUUUUGGUUUUAAAUGAAUGGUUUUUUCAUAUUACUGUGGUUCAAACUCAGAUUUAAAAAAAUAAUGGUGUUUCUCUAAAACAUUUGAAGCAUUUGAUGCAAAACAUCAACAGAUUUUUCUCCCCUUCCCUCUUACACACAAACUACUAUGACAUUACCAGGUAAUCUACUGAGAGAGGUUUCUAAUAUAUGUCUUCCAUUUCAUUUUUAGAUGUGAUUUGUAGUGAUUGUUAUCUUUGGACAAAAUUGUGAGGGAAAAAGGCCCAUGAGUCUGGCUUUUAAGCAACGUUUAUACCUUUAGUAUUAAAUAAGCUUUGCACCUUUGUUUAGUUUGGCACCUUUUUUAAUGCACAAUGCUUUAAACCCUAUGUGAAUAGCCCCUUGGUCAAAGGAUACUUUCCUUUGAAUUGUUCUCCAUGAACAUGUUCCCAAAUUUAUAAGUAUUAAUUGGAAAAUUACUUUUUUGUAUUUGUUGUUUAGAAUUUUUAAUAUUUAAAAUGUGAAUAAAAAAAAACCAGUAGGAUUCAAUUUAAAUUACGAAACACCUUAUUACAAUGGUACAGUCUCUGCCAGUUUCUGGUCUUGCAAGUAUAUUUUAUCUUUGAUUACCAGUGCAGUCAUUUAAUUUUUCCUCCUGCUUUUAUUUUUGCUCUUUGGUCAUUAAAAUGCAAUAUCUACAUUUUAAUGACCAAAUGGCAAGCCGACAAACAUUAAAAACUGAGAAUUUUACUAUUUCCCCCCUUGUUACAUAUUUAAUACAGAGGUAAUUGGUUUUAUGUAUUAUUGUUAUUUUUUUAAUAGAGACGAGAUGAACUCCAAUGACUUUAUGAUCUAUACAACUUAAUAGUGCUCUUUUUCAUAACAUUACUUACUGUGAGCACAAGCUUAACUGGUUAAAUCAAAUGGCAGGUGGUUGCACCUUUAGAUAUAAAAACACCCUUGUGUACAGUGUCAGUGUGUUUGACGAUGGCAACACCAGUUGCGCUCAACAUUUGGUACAGGGAGUGCAAUUUUGUCUCUUCUGUUAAGAUGCCCCAAAAAUACAGCCAGUGAGCACUUUAUUAGGUAUUUAUUAGACUUAUUUUUUUGACUUUCUGGUCUUCUGCUGCUGUAGCCUAUCCACUUUGACACAUUGUGUGUUCCGCUCUUCUGCAUACCACUGUUGUAAUGUGUGGUUAUUUGCGUCACUUUCCUUUGACCAGUCUGGCCAUUCUCCUCUGAACUCUCUAAUUAGCAUGGUGUUUCUGCCCACAGAACUGCUGCUCACUGGAUAUUUUUUGUUUUUCACACCAUUCUCUGCAAACUCUAGAGACUGUUGUGCAUGAAAAUCCCAGGAGAUUAGCAGUUUCUGAGAUAUUCAACCCACAUUUUCUUGCGCCAACAAUCAUUGAACAUAAUUUUGUCAUUUAGAUCCCAUUUCUUCCCCAUUCUGACAUUUGGUCUGAAAAACAGCUGAACCUCUUGACCAUGUCUGCAUGCUUUUAUGCAUUUAGUUGCUGCCACAUGAUUAAUAAGCUGGUGUGCAGGUUUACCUAAUAAAGUGCUCAGUGAGUGUAUAUUUCUAAUACGACCGCUAAGAAAACACAUUAUAAAAUCUGCACUAGCAGGGAAUUUGAAUCACAGUAUUUUGGCAUUAGCCACAAGACAGGUGGACCAGGCACUGAACCCACCCCAUGGAGCAGGGAUGGAGGCCGCAGUGUCUGCUGGUAUUUGGAGUUUCCUUUCAUUCCACUGGAAAGUGAAGCAUUGGGAACAAGGUGUGUGAAUUCUUUAGCCAAUCGAUGACUUGAAUGAAUCACAGGUACUGAAAGAGAGGAAACCGGCACACACUGUGGCUCCCAGGACAGCAUUCCAUACCACGGAAACCACGCUAACACACAUUGAUGCACAUUAGCAUAUAUGAUUACAGCCAAAUUAUAGCAAAUUAUGUCUGAUGCAGAACCUCUGAAAAUCAUCUGCCGAUUCGUAGUAACCUGUUUAUUCUCCUGGCUUGUUAUUACCUUAGACAUGUUGCUCAUUGUCUUCAGGACCCAAGAUUCUGUAUAUCCAUGACGAUGCAUCCACAUACUGCAGAUGGUAUAGAAAGCAUGCUUUUAAGGGUUUUAUUCUUUUCUCCUGUAAAAAUGACAGUACUCGUAUCUCAUUUUUUUGUUGGUGCAUUGAAUAGUAUUCAGAAGAAAGAAUAAACGUACCAUUUCGAUAAUAACAAACUCACUUUACAGUGAAAAACAUUUUUUAUUGACUUUUUUUUUUUUUUUAAUUUUUUUUUUUACUUUGACUUCUUAAAGAUUCUUUUCUUUCAAUCAUUUUAAAUUUGAGUGAUGUGUAUUUUGAACAUUCCAGUUGCAAGAUUGUUGCAGUUGCAUUUUAAUGUUUAUGAAUGGACCUAUAUUUUAUUCCCCCCCCCCCCCCCCCCCCUCUCCCACUGCCAUGGCGAUAGAUCUUUCAUUGGAAAGAGCAGUGAGCGUAAUUGAUCUGUACUGCUCAUUGGAAUAUAAUGCUUCCCUUCUAAUGACCUUUGUGGGAUAUUGGAAAACUGCAUUUUUUUGUGUGUUCAGCUGUAUGAACUUGUACAUUGUUACUCUUGAUAUUGUUCCAGCUACCAUUUCUUUCUGACGUUUUUGCCAUUCCUGUGUAUGGUGUUGUGGUUCAUUUAAGUUAUUAAUGAUCGCCGUGCUACUGGCGAUAUUCAAAAGUCUCCUACAGGCAGGAACGAAAGUAUAAUGCGAGAUGCUGGGGAUUUAUUUUUUUCGACCAUUGCUGCCAGUGACUUGAUAAUUUUCUUUUUACCCAGUCUAUUUGCUCUUAAUAAAUCUCUUCUGUGUGGAAGAAAUGGUCAGUUCAGUACAAAAAUUUCAGAUAUAUGAAACAAUACCUUAAACAAUACAUAACUAGUGCUGUUAUGGUAAGAAGGAAUGUAUCCAAUAUGCAAUCAAUGUCUGUCAACAAUCAACACCUGUCUGGGGUAACAAAGAAAUUUAUAUAGCAUUGUAAAAAAGGUUUUUUGGUCACCUCACCUGUUUAUCUUUCACGCUCCUGUUCUCUUGGUUUAUCAUAUAUGUGUUACCUGCAGAAAAAAAGGUACCUGCAGAAAACGAUGUCAUUUUGGCCUAGAGUGUUUUCUUACUUAAAUGAAUGAUUGAAUUAAGUGAUUGUUUGGCCAGCGGUCCCUGAGGUGCAGUUACCUUGCGUAUGAUGGGACCGAACCUUGGCUUUCAGUGUGUGCACAGCUGUGGGUUGUUCUUCACUAUUGCCUCUUGUGUCCAGUAGUAUGCUUCUUGCUGACACAGUCCUAUUGUUUUCUUUUUCCCUGUGAAAUGUGACGGAGAAUGUUUUCUAGCAUGUGAAGGCCUAGGAUUAUUGUAGACAAAAAAAAAAAACUGAACAUGAAUGGUUUACCUGCUUUCAUUGAAUAUGUGAACGUCUAACUAUCUGAAUCAAGGAUUUUAUUUGACUUUUUUUCAAAGGGAGUGUUUUCAUGUGUAACUAACCAUGUAGUCUUGUACUCUGUAUCAAUUCUUUAGUGAGUGCAUUGUCUCAGGAUUAUAUUCAAGUGGGUUAUGACAGGAGGAAUGCAGAUUUAAAUAUCUAUGAGUUAUUCGAUUGGUUGGUUGGCUUUGGCAACCUGUCUGGACCGGAAAGCCUGCGUUAUGGCUGUGCUUUUUAGUGCACAAUGUCUUAAUAUAGCGUUAUGCAAAGCUGCCACCUAAAAAGCCGAACAAACGCGAGACCCAAUACAAAACACUUCAUUUAUAAACGGUUGACUGCACAAAAAGUCCUUAUUCAAUAGAAUUUGAAAUGGAAUUCAGACAUUUAUUGAGGGAUACUUGAUCUGAGUGGUUGGGUCUCCUGUGUGUUGUUGUUGAGGUCGGGGUGGGGCUCGUUUAUAUGGUUACACAUUGUUUCAUUGACUUUUUUUCCAUUUUCGGGGAGGGCGCAACGAUUGUUUUUUUGUUGUAACAUUUGUAUUUCUGGGUAGGUGUCAAUUAUCCUGGGUGACAUCGAUUCUCAUUCCACAAACAUGAGUACAAUAUUUGGGAGGUCUGUUUCGGCAGGGUGAAAGAAAUAACCCCCCCCCCCCCCCCCCACCAGAAGCCAUCUUGCUUGAUGUGUCAAGUGUGUUAAGACUGGUUUCACCCUCUGAAAUACAUAUAGACGGUCAAUCCACCCCCUUCAUGUGUGACGUCUCUUCCAUUUAUAUACCUCAUGAGAAGGAGCUCUUGUUCUUGCUGUUUUUUUUUUUUUGUUUUUUUUUUAACUUUAUAAAAACAGAUGUAUUCUUAUUUAUUCUACUGUUGCCUGCUUCCUGUUAUGUCCUACUGUAAGUUGAACUGAAGACGAAAGAAAUUCAGUUUACUUCUCUUGCUUGGAGUAUUCUCUGUCUUUCUGAUGGUUCACUCUGGGGACCGCAUUGCAGAAUUUACCCUAACUCCUCCCCCUGCCCCCCAAAUUAUAUUUUUGAUGUAUUGAAAGGAGCUCUUCGACAAAAAAAAUAUGAUUUGAUACGUUGUUUCUUACCUUAAAAGAGAGAGAGAGAAAAAAUCUCAUGUUUUAAUUGAUCCCUCGAACCUCUCCAAGCAGAUUGUGUGUUUCAGGUCAGAGGUACUAGGAAUGAUUUGAGACAUGAUUGUUUUUUAUUAUUUUCUAGGUAUGGUAACAUCAAAUUAUAGUUUUUGAAGAACUUUUAAGAGUCAUUGCUCAAGCUACCUUGAAUUGUCUGGUGAAGACUGCUAUGAUUUAACUUGUUAUUGUGAAACUUAAUAAUAAAAAAAAAUGAAUCAAG